UGCCUCCCAAAUGCACGCCCCCCAAUUACCAUGUGAGCUAAGCAAUCACUGCUUAGCUUAUUGACGUAACAAUGUCGGCGUAUAAAAUGAUAAGCAUCCCUGAGGCGCAGGACAUCGUCCUGUCGCUCACACAGCCCCUCGGCGCUGUAACUGUGGGACUUGCAGAUGCCCUUGGCCGCGUGCUGGCUGAGGAUGUCAAAGCCCCUGAUUCCCUUCCGCCUUUUCCAGCGUCCAUUAAGGAUGGCUAUGCAGUUGUGGCGUCAGAUGGUGUGGGCGAAUUCCCGGUCAUUGGCGAAUCACGUGCGGGGCGCCUAGACGACCUGCCCGUGCGUCCUGGAACCGUUGCCUACAUCACCACAGGGGCUCCGGUACCUCCGGGUGCCGAUGCCGUGGUGCAGGUGGAGGACACCGAGGCAGUGCAGCCGGCAGGAGGAGCAGCGGGGGAGCGGCGGGUGCGGAUCAACAAGGCAGCCAAGCCGGGCCAGGACAUACGGCCGGUGGGGUCAGACAUCACGGAGGGUGACCUGGUGCUGAGGGCUGGGGAGGUGGUGGGGGUGGCGGAGGUGGGCAUCCUGGCCACAGUGGGAGCUGUGCAGCUGGCAGUUCAUGCGGCACCCAAGGUGGCGGUGCUGUCCACAGGAGACGAGGUGGUAGAUCCCGCCACACGACCCCUGGGUCAGGGUCAAAUCCGCGACGCCAAUCGCGCCAUGCUGCUCGCAGCAGCAGCACGGGCGGGGGCGCAGGUGGUGGACCUGGGCGUUGCUCGGGACGCGGUGGGGCAGCUGGAGGGAUGUCUGGCGGCGGCCAUUGAGCAGCGCGCAGAUGUGCUGAUCACGUCGGGCGGUGUUUCCAUGGGCGAUCGCGACCUGGUGAAGCCCCUGCUGGAGCGGCAGGGCACCAUCCACUUCGGUCGUGUGCGUAUGAAGCCGGGGAAGCCGCUCACAUUCGCCACGCUCUCCAUUGCGGAGCAGGGCGGCAGGCAGAUGAUGGUGUUUGGACUGCCCGGGAACCCCGUCAGCAGCUUCGUGUGCUUCAACCUCGUCGUGCUCCCCGCGCUGCGCAAGCUAGCCGGCUGGCAGCGCCCUGAGCUGCGUCGCGUGGCUGCCUGCCUCACCUCUGACAUCCGCCUCGACCCCGAGCGUCCCGAGUACCACCGGGCAACGCUGGUCUGGAGCUGCGAGCCGCCGCCCGGCACGGCCGCGGCAGCGACCCAUGGGUCAUCACAGGAGGCAGCGGCGGUAGAGGGGGAAAAAGGGCUGGCAGGGUUCCAGUUUUGGGCGGUUAGCACGGGCAACCAGAUUAGCAGUCGGUUGCUGUCUGCGAGGAGCGCGAAUGCGUUGUUGGAGAUCCCCUGUGACAGCGGGGUGCUGCGGGCGGGGUCGGUGGUUUCGGCGCUGCUGAUUGAUGAUCUGGGGCUUAUGCCUGUGCCCGAGGGUGGCGUGCCGAUGACGCCUGGGUUCUAAUUGCCGUUCCAACGACGCGAUAUAGACAUAUGAGGCAGAUGUGGUAAAUCGGUGACGGUAUUGGUGUUGUCUCGUUUCGGCACUUAGAACUCAUGGGCGUGUUAAGAAAGCUGGCCGGGAGUAGGAACGUGCAUGCACGGUGAGAGUUUGGGGGACGGCGUCAAGCCUGGCGGUAGAGGCCCGGUCGUUGGCUCAGGGAGACAGGGGAGAGGCUGCGCUGAGGUCAGAAAAUCGCAGGCCAGGGGCUUCAGUUUUCUGGGGAAGCUAUUGCGGCUGCAACAACGUGCAGAUGUUACACAGUUGCCGGGGUGUAGGCAGUUGCGCUAGGAAUCCUAGGAGUGCCGCCCCUACAGCAGGACGUGCGGAAAGAUGUUGCACUUUGCACUCUGGCUCAGUGCAGCGCUGGGAAGAAGUAUCCAUGGAAAGAGACCCUCGCUCAAUCUGCAUCUUGCUCCACCUAACUAACAGAUAUAGCAAAUGGACGCUCUCGCAGCGCAGAACAGUAUGCCUGCUGUAAGGAAGUUGCCAGGAAACCAUAACUCUCAGAACCC